UGGAAAUUUUAUUAUGUAUUUUAUAAGCAACCAAAUCUUAGGUAACAUCCUAUCAAUCUCUCCUCUCUUUUUCAGUCUCUCUUACAAAAAUAGGGAAGAACUUGACAGCCAAAGAGAUAUUAUGUCAUAGUUACCAAAAAAAAAAAAAUACAAAUAAAAAAUUCUUCAAAUUUUGAUAUAAGGUAGGAGGUGGUUAGCCUUUGAAUUUUCAAAUGCUUUAUAAUCUUUUUCCAAAGGGUACAAGUCCAUUCUCUUCAAAAUGGACUGAUUUUUCCUUUCUUCUUACCCUUUAGAGCUCUUUAAAUCUCCCUCUCAUCACUCCUCUUUCUUGAUCCAAAAAUCCCAUUCAUAAUUCAACGUAAGUUGAGAGUAAACCAAUAGGAAAAUCAGUAGGAAAAAACUAAGAAUGGAAAUAGAGAGCUCAAGCAAAGUAACUAGUACUUGGGAAGGCUAUGUAGAUUGGAGAAAUAAACCGGCACUCAUCAAUCGACAUGGUGGCUUGGUUCCUGCAUCCUUUGUCUUAGGGGUGGAGGUGCUGGAGAACUUGGCAUAUCUAGCAAAUGCAAGCAACUUGGUGAUGUACUUGUCUGAAUACAUGCAUUUUUCACCAUCCAAUUCAGCAAAUUCAGUGACUAAUUUUAUGGGCACUUCCUUCUUACUUGCACUUCUUGGCGGCUUCUUAUCUGAUGCUUUCUUCACAGCUUAUCAAAUCUAUCUGAUCAGUGCAGUUAUUGAAUUUCUGGGUUUGGUGAUACUCACAAUACAAGCUCGUUCAACCUCUUUGAAACCACAAAAAUGCAACUUGACAAACAUGGGAUGCGAACAAGUUGAGGGUGCACAAGCUGCAAUGUUAUUCAUAGGACUUUACUUAGUGGCAUUGGGUGUAGGAGGCAUUAAGGGAUCUCUGCCACCCCAUGGAGCUGAACAGUUUGAUGGAGAAACCCCACAAGGAAGGAAACAAAGAUCAACUUUCUUCAAUUACUUUGUGUUUUGCCUCUCAUGUGGAGGCCUCAUUGCUGUCACUUUUGUAGUUUGGGUGGAAGAUAACAAGGGUUGGCAAUGGGGAUUUGGGAUUUCAACUUUGGCUAUAUUGUUGUCAAUCCCAUUAUUCCUUGCUGGUUCUCCUUUCUAUAGGAACAAGAUUCCUCGCGGAAGUCCUCUAACAACAAUAUCCAAGGUUCUAAUUGCAGCCGUGCUAAAUUCUUGUGCAUCGAGAAAUUCAGGUAGUGCAAUAACAAGUUUGGGUUCAAGCCCUUCUACAAUUCCAGUACUACUAUCCAGAGAAGAUGGGGAAACUACAAACAUCAAAUAUGUAGAAUCGAUCGAGAUCCCAUCGAAAAGUCUGAGGUUCCUUAAUCGAGCUGUUGUGAGAAAUCCUGCCGCUUGUGGUGCGUUGAAAUGCUCAGUGCAAGAAGUAGAAGAAGUCAAGAUUGUGAUGAAAAUCCUACCAAUUUUCGCCUGCACAAUAAUGCUCAACUGUUGCCUGGCUCAACUAUCCACAUUCUCAGUCCAGCAAGCUGCAACUAUGAAUACAAAUUUUGCCAAGUUAAAAGUUCCACCAGCUUCACUCCCUAUUUUCCCUGUAUUGUUCAUCAUGAUCCUUGCACCGAUUUUCGACUACUUCAUCAUCCCAUUUGCCCGAAGAGUAACCAAGACAGAGAUGGGAAUCACUCACCUCCAACGUAUUGGUAUCGGUCUGUUCCUGUCAAUUGUAGCAAUGGCAAUAGCAGCUCUUGUUGAGGUCAAGCGCAAACGAGUAGCUACGAACUCGGGACUAGACUCUACGAAGCCAUUGCCUAUUACGUUCUUUUGGAUCGCGUUUCAGUACUUGUUUCUUGGAUCAGCGGAUCUUUUCACUCUAGCCGGACUACUUGAAUUUUGUUUCUCGGAAGCACCAUUUAGUAUGAGAUCAUUGGCAACAUCACUCUCUUGGGCUUCUUUAGCCAUAGGAUACUAUCUUAGUACAGUGAUAGUAUCAAUUGUCAAUAGCGUCACAGGCAAUUCAAAGCACCACCCAUGGCUUUCUGGUCGCAACUUGAAUCACUUCCAUUUGGAGAGAUUUUACUGGCUAAUGUGCAUACUCAGUGCAUUGAAUUUCAUAAACUAUCUGUAUUGGGCUACAAAGUACAAGUACAGAUCAGUAAGUUGUAGUAAGUAAAAGUGACAGUUGAGUUGUAUAGAUGAAACUAUACCAAUUAUUGUAGCCUUAGUCUCUGUAAAUAUGUCUGCUGAAUUGCUGGACAUUGUCCAUGCAACAGGACUAGGCCAGAAAUGAGAGAAAGUACAGUUCCAGUUUUGAUCAA